GGAGAUCGGCGUGUAGGCUGAUGCUAGUUCAGUCUUGGAGUCUAUAGCAGAGGAAAGCGUGUUUGCUGGCGUUGCUUGUUUCUUUGACUUGUGCUCCUAUGCGUGUUUCCGUGGAAGCCCCAUUGAAUUUAGUGAGACUUACUCCCUAGUAGCACUCUGAACUGAAGAGCACAGAGUGAAAUUUUCAUUUUUAAAAAAAUACCAAAUAUUCCGAGUUAGCUGAUGAAUCGCAUGAGUUUGGCAGAUCUAUGAGUGAAGAUGGUCCAGUUAACAAAAGCAAGGAAACUUCAAGUGAUUAACUGUCUACUGCGGAAGAAUGUUGUGACUAGUGGCCGAACUGCAACCAAAUAUGCGUCUUUUUCAGAAGUUCUGCAGUUACAGGAGAAGCAGUUCACAGGAAUUACCUUCCCUCUCCAAGAUCUGGCAAAAUAUCUGACCCCUAAUAUGGACACUUCAGGUUUUCAAAUUUUUAAUCCUAACCAUGAGGACAUCAAGAAAGCAGAGGCAUUUUUCAUUUCAUCACGCUAUCACAUCAUUGACUAUUUUGUUUCUGCUGUCCGGAUGGAUCAUGCCCCGCAAUUGUCAAAGCCUGAGGUUUGCUUUUUAGGAAGAAGCAAUGUUGGAAAGUCCUCCUUAAUAAAAGCCUUGUUUUCACUGUCCCCUGAAAUUGAAGUAAAAAUUUCAAAACAUCCAGGUCACACCAAGAAAAUGAAUUUCUUCAAAGUGGGAAAAUUAUUUACAAUGGUGGAUAUGCCAGGUUAUGGCUACAGGGCACCUGAAGAUUUUGCAGAGAUGGUGGAGCCAUAUUUAACCCAGCGCCAGAACCUGAAACGGACAUUCUUAUUGGUGGAUGGCCUGGUAGGAAUUCAGCCAGCAGACCGCAUUGCUAUAGAAAUGUUGGAAGAAUUUGGGAUUCCUUAUGUAGUAAGUUACUUCACAUAAUGUAAAAAUGCAGUAUAUUGAAUUAGUGA